AUGCCCGCCGGCACAAUGUUUGCCAAAUUCAAGAGCACCAACGUGGCCGCCUCCACAGCCACUCAAGCAGUCGCCGAUGGCAAUCCCAUUACGCAGUACUUCGAAAUCGGCAAGCCGGUGGCCUGUGCCGGCCCAGAAUUGGUGUGGCGCAUCCAUGAUGCGUACCGCAAGAGCGACAACAAGGAAUGUUCGGUGUUUAUAUUCGAGAAGAAAAUUGCGGAGAAGCUGCACAAGCCGCGUCGCAAGGAGACCAUAACGGAGUUGCUAAAGAGUUCGGUGAAGACACUGGAGCGCUUCCGCCAUCCACGGAUACUACAAAUCUAUCACACGGUCGAGGAAAGUGCGGAUACGCUGGCCUUUGCCUCGGAGCCCAUCUUCGCCAGCCUCUCGAAUGUCCUGGCCUUUCACGAGUCGAAAACCUAUGAGGCGACCAAUGUGGCGCCGGCGGCGGGUGGAGCAGCUGCGUCCCAGGCGCAGGCGGCGGCGAGCACCUUGCCCCAGCGACCGGCCCAUGCCAAGGAAUACAAUUUCUUGGACAUGGAGCUGAAGUAUGGCUUUCUCCAGCUGACCGAGGCACUGGCGUAUCUGCACUAUUCCGGUCACGUAAUUCAUCGCAAUGUGUGUCCAUCUUCUAUACUAAUAACCAAGCGCGGUAUAUGGAAACUGGCCGGCAUGGAAUAUGUGGAGAGAAUGAACGAGAACGAUUUGAACAGCUCCAUUCCGUGUCCGCCGUGGAGCAAUCGGGUGUCCAAGAUGGCCCAGCCGAAUCUCGACUUUAUGGCUCCCGAAACUCAGUCAACGUCCAAGUGCAGUUUGCUCAGCGAUAUGUUCUCGCUGGGAAUGGUAAUCUGUGCGGUCUUCAACAACGGCAGACCACUGAUACAGGCCGGCAACUCCACCUCCAACUAUGCCAAGCAAAUGGAAACGCUGGAUGAUCUGGUCCACAAGUUGAUGCCCAGACUGCCAAUUGCCCUGCAGGAGGCCACUUCGCGGAUGGCCAGUCGAGAUGCAACCGCCAGACCGACCGCCCAACUGCUGCAGCUCAUCAAGUACUUCAUCGAUACGCCUAUAAACGCUCUGAAAUUCCUGGACGUGGUCAACAUGAAGGACACGCAGCAGAAGUCCCAGUUCUACAAGACCACCUUGAUCGAGGCCAUGCCGAUGAUACCACGUAAACUCUGGUGGCAGAACAUCUGGCCCAUGCUCAAGUCCGAGAUCAACAAUAACGAGGUCCUAGCCGCAGUCCUGCAGCCGGUCAUGCUCUUUGUCCAGGAAGCCACGCUCACGGAGUACGACACCCUCAUGGCGGCCACCAUGAAAGUCAUCUACAAUACACCGAAAUCCAUUCAGGCCAGCGUCACAAUACUUGAGAAUUUGCAUUUGAUUAUCGAGAAGACGAAACCGGAGGAUGUCACCACAGAUAUAAUGCCCAUGCUGUUCUACUCCUUCGACGGCUCCACGAUACAAGUGCAGAGCGCCGCCGUGGUGGCUGUGGCCAAUGUGUUUGAUAGCAUCGAUGAGCUCUCCAUUCGCCGCAUGGUCCUGCCCAAGGUGAAGCAGGUGUUUGAGAAGAACAUAACCGAUCCGAAGAUUGUGCAGAACGUGCUGAUGUGCAUCGAGCGGGUCAUGGACCGCAUGGAGCGGGCACAGGUUAUGGAUGAGGUUCUGCCGCUGCUGGCGAACAUUCGUAUUCCCGAUCCCGAUAUCAUCAUGCGUACUGUGCGCAUCUACCAUAAACUGUUUGUGGACAAAACCUACGGACUGACCGUGGAGACGAUGGCCACCAAUGUGCUGCCCCUGCUCAUUCCGCACACGGUGAAUCCCUCACUCAAUUUCGAGCAAUAUUGCUACCUGCUGGAGGUGCUGCAGCAAAUGCUGGAGGCCAUCGAUCGGCAGCAGAGGAACAAGUUGAAGUUGGACAACCUGUCGAUGGCCUCUCCGGAACGCCACCGCACCCUGCGUCACCAGUUCUCCACGGACAACAUGAAUGCGCCACCCUUCAACAUUCCCAACUUGCGCAUAGAUCAACGCAAGACGUCCAGCGCCGAGGACAUGGCCCGCAAAAAUUCUGGCGGCUCCGGCAUGCUGGGCGGCUGGUGGUUCGGCUGCUCUCCCUCGUCGCCCGACAGCAAUUUCCUGCGCGUGGGCAACGUGUUCCCCAACCGGCGACUGUCGGACAACACGCUGAUGACCCCCAAGAUCCGGAUAGCUCCGUCGUGCGCCUCCUCGCCGGGCGGUACUCCUGGCAGCGGGCUGCCGACUCGACGCCACUCGAGCAUUGGGCCGCAGGAGCGCCGGGGAUCCACCAUCAAUUUGUCACCACCAACUAAAUCUCCUUUAUUGUACUCCCAAAAACAGGGUGGCUCCAUGCCGAACACCUCCAGCAGUGUGCCAUUCCUGCUCUCAUCCAGCAUGCAGUCGAUAAGGUCACGCCGCCAGUCCACCGUCCUGUCAUCGGGUCCACUCGGCUCCGGAUCGGGGCUACUGCAGCAGCUGGGAUCCGGCAUGAUCCCAGAUUAUCCAGAUCAUCCAGAUAUAAAACUCCAACCCGCCAAUACCGGAAAUAGGAUCCAAGCCCGAGAAUCGAAUCGAUGCAUGACAACCGAACCCGAUGUUAGUCCCAUCUUUUUGCUAAUACAUAUAUAAAUAUAUAUUAUAUUAUACUCUUUUAUAAUACCAAUGUAUUGUGUGUGCCCCCUUCUCUCUUCUUGUCUCCAAUCAUUUGCUGUUUUACCCGUAUUCGUAAUACCCGUAAUAUACGUUAUAUCCGUAUCGGAGUGCGAGAUACUUUGAAACCAAGUAGCUCCAGCAGUUCCCAAUAUAUUUGCCCAGUAGCUAGAUAAUACCUAAUUGUGUAACAAUAACAUAAUACCAAUAACAAUACCAAUAGCCUAUGUAUGUAUGUAAAAUCGUUUGAAGCCGAACAACCAGAUUGAUGGUCUAUUUAUCUUGCAACAACUCUAUUACAGUAUCAACUAUUCUCCGGACGUAACUAAAGAUACAGAAACGCAAUCAGAUAAAUACAUUCAAAAGAAUCCAAUUACUUUUUAAUGCAAUUUCGGUCCAUUUAUGAAACACCAGUAAUCAACUUAUACUAUAUUAGCGGCAUAAAUACUAUAUAUGAAAUUAUGAAAAUUGUAAACGUAUACCAAGCGCAAGCAUAACUAAGUAUUUUCAGUCGAAUCUCUAAAUGUUGUUAGCCAAUCAAAUUUGAUGUGACCAAAACAACAUAUUAAUCCCAAAUUAAUUGUAAUUUAUCAAAAACAAAAGUGUCAAACACAGCCCAACAAUCACCAAAAAAAAACACACACAAUCCAGAUAAAAACA